GGUAGGGCAUUGCAUUUCUGUCGGCUUAAAGGGUGAAAGGUAUUCCGUCGUCGGACGAAUUCCAACACAGGCCCCAAAAUGACUAAGAAUGUUCUUAUCAGCCCUCGAACCACCCAAGUUAAAAAUGGACAUCAAAUCUUUUGAUGUCACAAAGCGUCACGCGCCAUGCUUCUUCGUGAUUACAAAUUGUAUGCACGUCUUGUGGACGUAACUGAUGGACUGACGAUGCGCGUGAAAGUGAUGAAUGUAAUUCUCUCGCACCGCCCGCUGUGGUCCUGACCGGAAGUGAUAUUCGCUUGUUUACGUUCUUUGGCACGAGAGCUAGCAAAACAAUGGCAGACAGUUGACCGACUCGUUGCAAAAUAAAUGAAAAGUAAACCAAUAAAAGUCUAUUGGAGACGCUUUUAGCUCUUAAGCUGUCGGACUGGAUCACCAUGGCGUCCCCGCUGGCGGUGCUUCUGUGGGCGGGGCUGCUGCUGCCCUUCGCGGAGGCGGCAGCGGCUGCUCCACGGGUCGCUGUGGUGGAGGUAUACGCGGAGCAGCGGCUGAGUGGCGCUCUGUUCCGCGGGGAGGUGAUGACAGCCAGCCGGAGAGAGAGCAGCGAGGGCCCCGGUGAGGACCCGGAGAACCUGGAGGGAGAACUCGUUCUGAUUCGCGACGCCGAGUCGCAGCUGAGCGGAGAUGACAAGGAGGAAGGGGAGCUUUGGAUCGGCGUGAUGCCCGUGGAAGACCACCAAGGAUCCGCCGGGAAGCAACACGAGUCCUUCACCGAGGCGGUCGUCAGCAGGAUGAAGCGAGCGUUGGUGCUUGGCGCCUCGGCGCUCAUCAUCCUGGCUCUUAACCAAAAUACCGUCAGAGAAAUGGAUCUGUCUCAGGCUCUGUCCAAGCCUGUCAUUGUCAUCCAGACGUCGGAGAACGUCACCAGGCUCAUCGGAGCGCUGCUCAGGGGCCUCCAUGCGAGCGCUAAGAUUACCUUCAGCAACGUCCUACAAGACAACCUGGUGAGCGUCAGCCGUAGCCGACCUUGGCGGACAGUCAUUCGGAGAUUGUGUUUGCUUGUUGUGCGACAGGGCGCCACGCUGACGCUGUGGUCAAGCUGCGGGCGCUCCAGAGGCGGGCGCUAUGGAGAGUGGCAGGGCGUCAUCUGCACAGGGGAGACCAACUCGCAGGUGCAGGAGUACCUGCAGCGGCUGUGGGACACCAUCCUGUGGGUGGCGCUCAUCCUCAGCACGGGCGUCAUCCUGCAGGCCCGCCGGCAUAACUCUGACCGCCACCUCCACGGCAACAUGGAGUCUCUCGCUAAACAGGACGUCCUGAAGACCAUGUCCUCCCUCCGGACUAAAACGUACCGGAGGCCCAAAGUGCGGCGCGGCGAGACGGACAACUGCGCCGUCUGUCUGGAGCCCUUCAACCACAACCAAUGUCUUCGCGUGUUGCCGUGCCGACACGAGUAUCACCGGGAUUGCGUGGAUCCCUGGCUGCUGCUGCGUUACACCUGCCCGCUGUGCAAGCGCAGCAUCCUGGGCGGUGUCCACAGAGACAAAUAGCGGUCACCGUGGCAACACUCCCAUUUUUUUGUUUGAAGGAGCCGAGUGCCGCCUCUAUUGGAUCCGAAACCGUCGCAUGUCCGGUGUUUCAUGGGAAAUUUUCCCCCCCUUCAACCUGGACGGCAUUUUUGACACUUUGAGCUUUUGCAUCCGCGACCACGAAAACCUCA